CACCGUGCAGUUGCAGGGCGGCGGGCGAGCAUGGACUUGGGGCUGAGCGAGGGACUGCCGGCCGACUGCGGCGAAGUGGCUUCUCCAGACCAUCUGACCCAAGAUCUCCAGCGGACCUUCUGCAACACAACCUCCCCUCAGCAGAACCUGUCGGCCAACGGCAGCGACCAUGAGGACCAAUGGACCAGAGGGGACUACCUCCUCCAUCACCUGGGCCCCCGCACGUGGACCUUCUUCACCCCAGCCUGUGGCAUCUAUCUGGGCAUCUUCGUGGUGGGCUGCAUCGGCAACGCCUUGACUUGCUUCGUUAUAGCCAAGCACAAGGUGAUGAGGACCCCGACCAACUACUACUUGUUCAGCCUGGCCGUGUCGGACCUGAUGGUGCUGGCCAUCGGGAUGCCUUUGGAAGUUUACGAGAUGUGGAGGAACUACCCCUUUCUCUUUGGUCAAGCCGGCUGCUACUUCAAGACCUUCCUCUUCGAGACGGUGUGCUUCGCAUCGGUCCUAAACGUGACCGCUCUCAGCGUGGAGAGGUACAUCGCUGUACUGCACCCGUUGAAAGCCAAGUACAUCGUGACCAGAACUCACGCCAGGCGGGUUAUCAUAGCGCUGUGGGCGCUGUCUUGUGUCCUCGCCGUCCCCAACACCAGUCUACACGGCAUCCACUACCUGAAGACGCGGUCUGGCGAGCUGAUGCUGGAGUCUGCCUUGUGCGUCUUGCUCCAACCUCUCUGGCUCUACAACCUGGUCAUCCAGACCACCACCCUGGUCUUCUACCUGCUCCCUAUGGUCACACUCAGCGCCCUACACCUGCUCAUCGGCCUGCAACUCAGGCGAGAGGGGGCAUUCUCCCAGAGCGAGCUGGAGUCAGGAGCCGGGAGCUACCAGAUCGCCCGCAAACACGAGGAGAAGCUGAAAAAUCGGCAGAUCACCAAAAUGCUGUUUGUAUUGGUGAUUGUGUUUGGAGUGUGUUGGGCACCGUUUCACACUGACCGCCUGUUGUGGGUUCAGAUAGCUUACUGGAAUGGACAGAUGCUCACCCUCUACCAGUGCGUCCACGUCGUCUCAGGUGUGUUUUUCUACCUGAGCUCCGCGAUCAACCCGGUCCUCUACAACCUGCUGUCCACACGAUUCAGGGAGAUGUUCAAGGAGGUGAUGUGUGGCCGUAAGUCUCAGCGCUACAAGCCAGCGUGUUGUUCGGCCAGCACGACCCGGGCAACCGCCCAGAGCACAGCGUUAGAAUCCACCUCUUGCAAUGGUAUCCCCAUGCUCCACAUUGACGACUGAGUUACCCCCUUGAAUGUGGAGACGCAUCUCAAGGGGAUUUCACCCAUCUCUGCCCAGCAACCUUUCAUUCCACCUGGACAGUCAAAGAGAAGGCCAAAUUCAUGACUACUGCUUAUAUCUGCGCUCGGUUUCACAUAUCUCAUAUAACAGGCAUGACGAGCCCUACCGAUUAGUUUUAGUUUAGAGAUAAACAGCGCGGAAAUAGGCCCUUCGGCCCACCGAGUCACACUGGAGGCAGGAAACAUGUUCCCGAUGUUGGGGGAGUCCAGAACCAGGGGCCACAGUUUAGAAUAAGGGGUAAGCCAUUUAGAACGGAGACGAGGAAACACUUUUUCACACAGACAGUUGUGAGUCUGUGGAAUUCUCUGCCUUAGUGGAGGCCGGUUCUCUGGAUACUUUCAAGAGAGAGCUAGACAGGGCUCUUAAAGAUAGCAGAGUCAGGGGAUAUGGGGAGAAGGCAGGAACGGGGUACUGUUUGGGGAUUAUCAGCCAUGAUCACAUUGAAUGGCAGUGCUGGCUCGAGGGGCCGAAUGGCCUACUCCUGCACCUAUUGUCUAUUGUCUAUUGAGUCCGCGGCGACCAGCGCUCACCCCGCGUAUUAACACUACCCUGCACGCAAUAGAGGCAAGUUACAUUCAUACCAAGCCAAUUAACUUAUAAACCUGGACAUCUUUGGAGUGUGGGAGGAAACGGAAGAUCUCGGACAAAGGUCACGGGGAGAACGUGCAAACUCCGUACAGACAGCACCCGUAGUCAGGAUGGAACCCGGGUCACUGGCGCUGUGAGGCAGCGACUCUACUGCUGUGCAACUAUUGCAACGUUACCCCACUAAUACACUGCUGGAGAUUCCAACCCAUAGAUUCUACACUCAGCUUCAUAAAAUUGCAACUAUGUUGUCACAACUUUACAGAACAUGGUUUCUCUGACAUUAGGCAACGUUCUGAGUUUAACGUAUAGAUAUAUAUUCAAUAGAGAAUAGACAAAAGGUGCAGGAGUGGGCCAUUCGGCCCUUCGAGCUAGCACCGCCAUUCAAUGUGAUCAUCCCCAAUC